AUACACCUAACUGUCAACAACUGUCAUUACAUCACAUUAUUCAGAUCGAUUCCUUUACCAGCCGAGCAGCACAAUAUGAGUGAAUCUGCCGGAGAGGAGGGCCCAUCGGCGGAAGGUGAAGGGGAGGAUGCCGUGCCAGUUCCCGAUACCACGCCUCGCGGUGCGGACACCACAACUUCCGGAGCCCGGAUGAUGACGCAACACCCCUGGCUGGUGGCAGCGGCAGUUGCCGUCUAUGCCACCAAAGUCAUGUGGGUUAAGUUGGCCAAUCAGAUGAGGCGACUCCAGAAGCAAAGAGUUGGGAAUCCCGAUCCUUUGCAGGACAACGAGGAAAAUGAUUCUGGUCCUGAGGCAGAGACGUAUGCCGAUUGCGAGGAAGGCGAUUCAGAUGAGGUUGCAGAUAAUGUGGAACUUGUAGAACUAUCAGUAUCAGUGAAUCGGGAUAGAACUGAAGUUCCUGAUAACUUCUUAUAUGGAAUAUAGCAUGAUAAUGUAAAUAUGUAUAAUGUGUUAGAGUUCUUAGUGUAUCACCAAAUUGCAUUGUAAGUUAUAAAACGUUUUCCGCAUUUUUUUUCGUUUUU